UGCCAGGGCCAUUACCGAAACCUGCUAGCACUAGUGACUGCAUGAAGCCCUGUCCCUGUCCCUGCUCCUCUUCCCUUGCCCUUCCUCUUCCUCUUCCCCUUCCCCUUCCCACUGAUGCGAUGUGAUGCGUUGUUGGGCGCCGCGCAGUGCUGUGCUCGUGCUUGUGCUUUUGCUUGUGCUCUGUGCUGUGCGUUGUGUGCUGCGUGCUGUGCUCUUGCUGCAAGUUACUUUUCACGAGCUUGUCUCAAACCAAACCUGAACCUUUCCGCAGGAACGCCAAACCCAACCUUCUUCCCCCGGAUUUCCAGUCCAGUCCAAGUCUUUUUUGGCGCCCUCUGCCCUGUUGCCCUCUCGCCCAACCCAACCACUACUCCGAGCUUGAACCCCCAGGACAGAACACAUGUGCGAAUACCCUCAAUAUUCACAUGCAUGUGCGCCUGUUCUUGAUCUUGUUCCCAUGAUAUUUCCUCCCCAGAACGUGUUGAGAAAGCCGUCGGCGACGCGCCCCCGAGAUCACCACUCUAGCGUGCAUU